AUGCAGUUGCAGCCAGACAGUCUAAUGCAGAUAUUUGUAGGUGCCGGCGAAAUAGCUGUACCAAGAGGAGCUGAGUGUCCAUUGCUGCAACCACUCUACGAACCGUUUCAGAUGCUCAAAUUACAGAACACGCCGGAACAGCAGCAGCAACAACAACAGCAGGGUUUCCAACAGCCUUCUUCACUAGAGCCAUUGGGACCGAGGGCAAGGAAACCAUUGCCGCGUAUGAGUGAGUUCCAUCAGCAACAACAGGAGCACGGCUUUGUUGGAAACGGAAAUGACAACCAAUCUCUGAGUCCCAACAAUCAAGGUCAGUUUGGAGGACAACAACAGUCGACAAUGCAACAACCAUUGCAACAACAACAGCAGAUAAAGAACACGCCACCGCCAACCACGACGCCUUUGCCACCGGAAAAUCCGGUAAGAAGAGUGUUCCGCAGGCUCCGACUCCCUAAUGGUAUUCUCGAUCAUCAACCGAUGAGGACGGACAAGAAACUUAGACCCAGCCCAUUCGAACGGCCCAACCCCAAAUGACUGCAUACGUCCAUACAAUUUUCUCAGAGAGCGGAAGAAGCGCUAGAGGGGUCUAGAGGAGUAAAUCAACUAGAGAUUGUCCCAAUACCAACUCCUUCAACACCAUUAAUUCCGCCUCCGUAAUCCAUCACAGCAGAGCUGAACUGUAAAAAUCAGAGCCCGAUCAGAACCGACCCUAUCCACCAAAAAAACACAAAAACGUCCGGCCAGGUAAACACGGUCAGUCGCCGCGGAAACCCCCAAACAAUUGAAAAAGUGAAAAAUGAUCCUUUCAAGAAAAAAAAAUUUACAACCACCCAGUUGGACAUAGUUCACUAAAACGCAAGCACGCUCUGAACGUUCCGCUCAGUGCUUUAAAAAAAAUUGGAUUUCCGAUCUCGUUCACAAAAGAUACAUAUGAGCUUAAACAUUGAAUAAAAAAAAGUUACAAAUAAAAAAACAUGUUAAUUGUUGACACACACAGACACCAGUGGACACCGAAAGCAGACGUCAACUGCCAAUAGACCGCAUCUAUCUUAUCCUAUUUCAGAUGCCUAUUGAUUCUUAUCUUUCCAUUGGAUUUUUCUCUUUCACAUUUCAUAGUGUAUGUGUGUUUGUGUAUGUGACAGCCUCUAGAACGAAACAAAAAAGAGUAUUUAUUGUAAACAAAGCCCAGUGAAUUGACUAUUUCUCAACGAUCGAUUGGAACGAUUAUGUAUGUAUGUGUGUGCGCAUUGUUUAUCAUCUAUCAUUACUUGUACGCAUACACGGGAGAAAAAUAAACAAA